GUUCUGCCGAGUCUGCACCCAGACUGCGAGUACAUCUUUCAGCUGGAGAGAGAGGAGCAGCGUUGUCUAAGAUACAUUGCAGAGCAGAACCACAGUACAGUUGAAAACAGUACACUACUUUUUAACUUCGAUACAUUGCAGAACCACAGUACACUAGGUAUCCGUGACAUUAUCCUCCAAGAAUCACCCAUUACAUUUUCUCACUCCAGUUUACAGUUCAUAGAUUAGAUCUCGAGUAUAGAUUGUCAUAAUAUGAUAUAUGUUCACAUCUAAAUAUGAGAGUCUGGCAUUGAAUACAUGGUUUGCAGAGAAUCAUUCAUUGAAAGAACAGAUUCAGAGGGAAAAGCUAUCGUAGUGGAAAAAUAAAUAAGUGCAUUAUGUCAAAAGAGAGGACAUAAGAUAUGUAUGUAAUUUAUAGCAAGACUCAAUUCCUGGCUGUGAGUGAGGUAUUAUGUUUUGAUUAAGUACACUGAAAAAAUCCUGUUGUUUUUACGGUAACUUACAACUUACAAAGGUACAGUAUGUUACCGUAAAUUCCAAAUAAACGUUGGUUUAACAGUACAUCACUGUCACAGGAGGUUGGUGGCACCUUAAUUGGGGAGGACAGGCUUGUGGUAAUGGCUGGAGCGGAAUCAGUGGAAUUGUAUCAAAUAAAUCAAACACAUGGUUUCCAUGUGUUUGAUGCCAUUCCAUUUGCUCCAUUCCAGACAUUAUUAUGAGCCGUCCUCCCCUCAGCAGCCUCUACUGAUCACUGUACAUUUACAGUAAUGUACUGCUAAACCAAAGUUUAUUUGGAAUUUAUGGUAACAUACUGUACCUUUUUUUAAACAGAAACUUACAGGUAACUGAGUAGACCAUACAUCACCUUUAUCUCUCUCUCUUUCUCUCUUUCUCUCUCUCUCUCUCUCUCUCUCUCUUUCGUGCUCUAAUCUUCCCUCUCUGUCUCUCUUUCGCGCUCUAAUCUUCCCUCUCUGUCUCUCUUUCGCGCUCUAAUCUUCCCUCUCUGUCUCUGUCUCUCUCCCUCUCUUACUCUCACUCUCUCUCCUGAAGGUUGUCUACCGUUCUGGGACUCUGUAGUGUGUUGGCCCUAUGCUGCGGUUGGGGAGACAUUCCACAUUGCCUGUCCUGCUGUCUUCUCUCUUUUUGGGAAUAACACAGGUGCAGUUGACAUUUGUCACUGGGGGGAAGGUGUGUGUGUGCAGUGGGUGGAGAUACCAUGAUGUACUGUAUAAAGUAUACAUAUAAUAUACAAUGACAUACAGGUACUAUGUUAUGGUUUUCUCUUUUUACAGUAAUUCUCUCUGUCCAUUUCCACUGGCUUCCAAUCCUUGUCAGUUGCAGUGACUGACAGCCCAUAGUCCCGCCCCUCAUGGGGCUUCUGUUUCUCAUCACAGGUGACUCCUAACCUUUGACCUCUACCUCAGCAGGGUCAGUCAGCCGAAACUGCACUAGCAUCGGAUGGUCUCGACCCUUCCCCCCUUACCACAUAGCCUGUAGUGUGGACGACAACAUUCACAUUCCAGAGGUGAGAGAGAGAGUUUAGAGAGAAGGGUCAGGGGGUCAUCAUGAGUAUCGGCAGUGUACUGUUUUUUACUAACAAUAGCUUUACAGCUGUUGUCUGUCAAUGCAAUCGACUGAACUGUACCUAUAUCAAUGUGUUGUGACAGUAUUUGGUUUGAAACAAUGCCACAUGCAUUUUGAUCUGAAAUAAUUAAUAGGGCCAUGCAAGAACAUUUUACCCAUAGUCAUGGACUACAAUCUCCCUAGCUUGAUUCCUACUGUUUACUAAGGGAAGUGAGCCCUGACUAGGGUUGCAAAGCUACCGGUAAGUUACCAAAGUUACUGAAAUCUUCAGUCAUUUUGGUAUUUAACAGAAAAUCUAUAGCAAUCUAUCGUAACUUUGGUAAUUUAUACUUGAAUAACUUAAAAAUAUGUAUUCAUAUAUUGUAUUCAUUUUUUUUGUUUUUUUUGUACAUAGACCAUAUGGUUCAAGAAAAAAUAGCCUAAUUAAUGAAAAAAGCAUCUAAUCAACAAUGGCAUUAUUUUCAAUUACCUGUGCGUCUCAUCCAACUAUUGACUGUUCACAACAGCCACCAGUUUGACACCAAAACAUUGACAACAAAUACAUAUUGACAUAGUAAAAUAAAUAAAAGUGUGUAAAUAAAAAUAUAAAGGAUAUUUCAUACUGAAACCCUCAUACUAAACACUAAUAGUAUUCACUAAGUUGAUGGUUUAUAUUUAUGAUAAUGUUUUACAGCUUAAAAUAAAAUAAAAAAUAUCAUCUUAUUUAAUUGUUUUAUAUAUUUUACAUGUGAUUAAGGCCACACAGAGGGCCAGAGAAAAUUACAGACACCACAACUGUGAUAAUCUGAAGUACCCAACAGGGCUACUCGACGUCUUGUGAUAGAUUACAUAAAAUACUUGAAAGAUACCAAAAUUCUGGUAGUUUACUUGUAAAAUGGAUAGACAUUUGAGUGUUUCAUGAAUGAUAUUAGUGGACAGGAUUCAAAGUUUGGACUCCAGAAAAGCAAUCAACAAUCAUCUGUUGCAGACAGUUGAAUUGAAACAUCCUACAUUUUACCAUAUGAAAUUGCUUCCUGCUGUUGGAAAUUGCAUAAGUCUGUUGACUUACAUCCGCCUGUACUGCAAAUCUAUGUUGGAAUCAAAUGCAAUUAUGGCACACAUAAUAACUAAUGAAGGGGUUGUUUGCGGAGGGUUGAGUAUCCAUUGUUAAAUUUAGAUAUUUUGAUUAUUCAUUAGCCUACUCACUACUGAUUGAGUAGUCAAUUUAAGUGGACUACACCCCAUGUCAUUUCAACAACGGAACGAUAACGAUUUGGACAGUCUAUUCAUAUGUAAUAGUCUCUCAUUUGUAAAUAUUUCCAAGUGUGUAUAAUGUUAUUGGAAUUUGAUUUCAAUGGAAUAUAAUGACCAUGUAAUUUCAAUUUUGGAACGAUAAUGUUAUUUGGAACAAUACCGAUUUGGAGAGUCUAUCCAUAUCUAAUUGUCCCUCAUUUCUGUAGAAUUUUAUAGCGUAGUAAUUAAUUAAUUUCUAUCCUUUCUAUCCUUCAAAGAGUGAGGAUGGAUUGUAUUUUCUUUGUCUAGUGGAUCAUUCCUGUAAACCAGAUUGGAGGAUUUGGCUUGGAUUUUUGUAUCUUCACAUAAUCAGUACCACAGUUAAACUCAACCAUAUCCAUGAAGGCACGAUUUGAUUGGCAACCUGAAUAGCCUAGUUUUCGUUCGGUAAACAUGAGCGGAUUAUGUUAUGAUGAAUCACUUGGAUGCGCAGAUGUACAGUGGGGAAAAAAAGUAUUUAGUCAGCCACCAAUUGUGCAAGUUCUCCCACUUAAAAAGAUGAGAGAGGCCUGUAAUUUUCAUCAUAGGUACACGUCAACUAUGACAGACAAAAUGAGAUUUUUUUUUCUCCAGAAAAUCACAUUGUAGGAUUUUUAAUGAAUUUAUUUGCAAAUUAUGGUGGAAAAUAAGUAUUUGGUCAAUAACAAAAGUUUCUCAAUACUUUAUAUACCCUUUGUUGGCAAUGACACAGGUCAAACGUUUUCUGUAAGCUUUACAAGGUUUUCACACACUGUUGCUGGUAUUUUGGCCCAUUCCUCCAUGCAGAUCUCCUCUAGAGCAGUGAUGUUUUGGGGCUGUCGCUGGGCAACACGGACUUUCAACUCCCUCCAAAGAUUUUCUAUGGGGUUGAGAUCUGGAGACUGGCUAGGCCACUCCAGGACCUUGAAAUGCUUCUUACAAAGCCACUCCUUCGUUGCCCGGGCGGUGUGUUUGGGAUCAUUGUCAUGCUGAAAGACCCAGCCACGUUUCAUCUUCAAUGCCCUUGCUGAUGGAAGGAGGUUUUCACUCAAAAUCUCACGAUACAUGGCCCCAUUCAUUCUUUCCUUUACACGGAUCAGUCGUCCUGGUCCCUUUCCAGAAAAACAGCCCCAAAGCAUGAUGUUUCCACCCCCAUGCUUCACAGUAGGUAUGGUGUUCUUUGGAUGCAACUCAGCAUUCUUUGUCCUCCAAACACGACGAGUUGAGUUUUUACCAAAAAGUUCUAUUUUGGUUUCAUCUGACCAUAUGACAUUCUCCCAAUCCUCUUCUGGAUCAUCCAAAUGCACUCUAGCAAACUUCAGAUGGGCCUGGACAUGUACUGGCUUAAGCAGGGGGACACGUCUUGCACUGCAGGAUUUGAGUCCCUGGCGGCGUAGUGUGUUACUGAUUGUAGGCUUUGUUACUUUGGUCCCAGCUCUCUGCAGGUCAUUCACUAGGUCCCCCUGUGUGGUUCUGGGAUUUUUGCUCACCGUUCUUGUGAUCAUUUUGACCCCACGGGGUGAGAUCUUGCGUGGAGCCCCAGAUCGAGGGAGAUUAUCAGUGGUCUUGUAUGUCUUCCAUUUCCUAAUAAUUGCUCCCACAGUUGAUUUCUUCAAACCAAGCUGCUUACCUAUUGCAGAUUCAGUCUUCCCAGCCUGGUGCAGGUCUACAAUUUUGUUUCUGGUGUCCUUUGACAGCUCUUUGGUCUUGGCCAUAGUGGAGUUUGGAGUGUGACUGUUUGAGGUUGUGGACAGGUGUCUUUUAUACUGAUAACAAGUUCAAACAGGUGCCAUUAAUACAGGUAACGAGUGGAGGACAGAGGAGCCUCUUAAAGAAGUUACAGGUCUGUGAGAGCCAGAAAUCUUGCUUGUUUGUAGGUGACCAAAUACUUAUUUUCCACCAUAAUUUACAAAUAAAUUCAUUAAAAAUCCUACAAUGUGAUUUUCUGGAAAAAAAAUUCUCAAUUUGUCUGUCAUAGUUGACAUGUACCUAUGAUGAAAAUUACAGGCCUCUUUCAUAUUUUUAAGUGGGAGAACUUGCACAAUUGGUGGCUGACUAAAUACUUUUUUCCCCCACUGUAUGAGUCAUGAAUAAUGAUAUGAUUAAGAGACAGUUAGCAGGGUUUAUAUGUCUCAGAGAAGGAGUACUGAUCUAGGAUCAGGUCCGUCUGUCCAUACAAUCAUAUUCAGUAUGAUUUAAAAGGCAGAACUGAUCCUAGAUCAGCACUCAUAUUAUGAGAGGCACCAUGAAUACAAGUCCUAAGGCCUCAUUUAUAAAUGUUGUUUAAAUUUUACACUAAAUAUCUGAGUGCACAAUUUCUGAAAAGGAUACGUCUCAAAAUGUUGAGAUUUAUAAACUUGGCGCAUGCACAUGCAUGUCUGUUAUCAAUAAGAUCCAUCCUAAUACUGUGCGUGCGUGAACAAGCAUUAUAACUCCGUCUCCAUUCACCUUUUAUGGUGACAAUAAAACUGUUUAUUUGCAGUAUAAUUUGGAACUAUUGGAAUUAGGCCACAGCAGUUUCUAAAAGAAAGAGCAAUGGCAAAUUUGAUCAAAUGUUUUUGGAGGUGUUGGCAGAAUGUUUUAAUCUUUUGCAAUAACUUAUGCUGUAUUUGGCAAAGGACUGUGACAGUUUCUGAAAUAAAAAACUAUGGACAAUUGUUAUGGACAAUUAAAUGAGAGAUGCGCAUGGUAAUUUGUUGUAUGGAUUCUUUCGGAAUAUGAACCCAUCACAGCCAGAAAAGGUGAGGAAUUUAUUCUGCAAUGGUUAUGAAAAUAAAAUAAAAAGGAAAUAUAUUCCCAAGUCUAAAUAUUUUAAAUCCAAAAAUAAAACACAGAUUUUCGCACUUCUCACUAACGUCAAAUUGCUGCAUCUUGUUAUUAUGUUUUCCUGUUAAAAAAUAAUAUUUUUUUCUGGAUAAGCCUGUCAUAUCCCCCAUUUUCACAAAAUACUUACUUGUCUGCUUGCAAUACAAUACUUCAACCACUAGAAAAUGUAUGUACACAAGAUCUAAAGUUUGCGUGGAGGUAAGGACAUUUUCAGUUUUUAUAAAUGCCAACUUUUGCAGGAAGCUGGGCCCAUAUUUACAAACAGUCAAAGUUGGAAUGCUGGUAUAGGAUCAGUUUGGCUUUUUAGUUCAUAACGAAUAACAUUAUAUGGACAGGGCACACGGUCAGACCUGAUCCUAGAUCAGCACUCCUACUCUGAGACUGUGAUGUCUGCUUCCCUCUAACUGUAUGUGAAACCCAUGCAGGAGUCAUACUUUGCCACGGUGAAGCUGAUCUACUCCAUUGGCUAUGGCACCUCCCUGGUCUUCCUGUCCAUCGCCGUGGUGAUUCUGCUGCUCUUCAGGUAGGUGGAGGUCAAAGGUUGUAACCUGGUGUACCAGGUGAUUGAUUUGUUGAUUAAUUAAUUGAUUGAUUGGGAUGAAGAAAUAUAAUGGUUUCCACAUGAUUUUCCAUGGUCCACCCACUGCAAUUAUAUUAGUCAAAGAUUAGUCAAAUGAAAGAUUUCUCAAUAUAACUCGGACUAAAAGAUGUAGAGAUGUGAUCUGAUCCUUAUAAAGGGAGAUUAAAGACCGAUGAGGACGAGAGGUAAUCAACACUACAGUGGGGGAAAAAAGUAUUUAGUCAGCCACCAAUUGUGCAAGUUCUCCCACUUAAAAAGAUGAGAGAGGCCUGUAAUUUUCAUCAUAGGUACACGUCAACUAUGACAGACAAAAUGAGAUUUUUUUUCUCCAGAAAAUCACAUUGUAGGAUUUUUAAUGAUUUUAUUUGCAUCUCAGGCCGGUUUCUAAAUCUAUUGUUUCUGAGGAGCAGUAGGAGGUUACAUGCCCUGUGUUUGGUACGAGCAUUAUGCAUGGAGUCUGAAUCUGAAGAUCCUCACCUACAAGUCUGUUUGUUUCUGAGGAGCAGCGGAUACAUGCCCUGUGUCCGGUACGAGCAUUGUGCAUGUACAUUGAGCGGACCGGGGUGACCAACCGGUUGUCUGUUUUGCUAAUCCGGCUCUGGCAUAUGACAGCAAAAGGCGGGAAUUACCUAACCCCACUUCCCGGCACACAAUCAUUUUCUGUAAACAAAUCCGUGCACCAAGAUGCGUGGUAAAUUUACUGCUGAAGAAAAAGCCCCUUUAUAAUGAAGCCAUAAUACAUUUUGCGAUAUGGCAUAGGCUACACUUAAUCAGAGGUGUUUUUAGGAUUUCCACACAUGGGGAACAUUUGUUAGCAGGAUCAGAUUUAGGGUGGAUUUUUUUAAAAACACAUUUCAUUCAAUUCUACAUCAGUUACAUGAUACAAGCCAUACAGUGCCUUGCAAAAGUAUUCAUCCCCCUUGGCGUUUUUCCUAUUUUGUUGCAUUACAACCUGUAAUUUAAAUGGAUUUGUAUUUCAUGUAAUGGACAUACACAAAAUAGUCCAAAUUGGUGAAGUGAAAUAUUUUUUUUUACUUCAGAUCUGGUGCAACCAAUUACCUUCAGAAGUCACAUAAUUAGUUUUAAAAAAGUCCACCUGUGUGCAAUCUAAGUGUUACAUGAUCUGUCACAUUUUUGCAAGCCACUGUAAAUGGCUAUUGUAGCUGGAAAUGGCUGAUUUUUAAUGGAAUAUCUACAGUGGGGAAAAAAAGUAUUUAGUCAGCCACCAAUUGUGCAAGUUCUCCCACUUAAAAAGAUGAGAGGCCUGUAAUUUUCAUCAUAGGUACACGUCAACUAUGACAGACAAAAUGAGAAUUUUUUUCUCCAGAAAAUCACAUUGUAGGAUUUUUAAUGAAUUUAUUUGCAAAUUAUGGUGGAAAAUAAGUAUUUGGUCAAUAACAAAAGUUUCUCAAUACUUUGUUAUAUACCCUUUGUUGGCAAUGACACAGGUCAAACGUUUUCUGUAAGUCUUCACAAGGUUUUCACACACUGUUGCUGGUAUUUUGGCCCAUUCCUCCAUGCAGAUCUCCUCUAGAGCAGUGAUGUUUUGGGGCUGUCGCUGGGCAACACGGACUUUCAACUCCCUCCAAAGAUUUUCUAUGGGGUUGAGAUCUGGAGACUGGCUAGGCCACUCCAGGACCUUGAAAUGCUUCUUACGAAGCCACUCCUUCGUUGCCCGGGCGGUGUGUUUGGGAUCAUUGUCAUGCUGAAAGACCCAGCCACGUUUCAUCUUCAAUGCCCUUGCUGAUGGAAGGAGGUUUUCACUCAAAAUCUCACGAUACAUGGCCCCAUUCAUUCUUUCCUUUACACAGAUCAGUCGUCCUGGUCCCUUUGCAGAAAAACAGCCCCAAAUCAUGAUGUUUCCACCCCCAUGCUUCACAGUAGGUAUGGUGUUCUUUGGAUGCAACUCAGCAUUCUUUGUCCUCCAAACACGACGAGUUGAGUUUUUACGGGGUGAGAUCUUGCGUGGAGCCCCAGAUCAAGGGAGAUUAUCAGUGGUCUUGUAUGUCUUCCAUUUCUUAAUAACUGCUCCCACAGUUGAUUUCUUAAAACCAAGCUGCUUACCUAUUGCAGAUUCAGUCUUCCCAGCCUGGUGCAGGUCUACAAUUUUGUUUCUGGUGUCCUUUGACAGCUAUUUGGUCUUGGCCAUAGUGGAGUUUGGAGUGUGACUGUUUGAGGUUGUGGACAGGUGUCUUUUAUACUGAUAAGUUCAAACAGGUGCCAUUAAUACAGGUAACGAGUGGAGGACAGAGGAGCCUCUUAAAGAAGAAGUUACAGGUCUGUGAGAGCCAGAAAUCUUGCUUGUUUGUAGGUGACCAAAUACGUAUUUUCCACCAUAAUUUGCAAAUAAAUUUAUUAAAAAUCCUACAAUGUGAUUUUCUGGGAAAAAAAGUCUCCAUUUGUCUUUCAUAGUUGACGUGUACCUAUGAUGAAAAUUACAGGCCUCUCUCAUAUUUUUAAGUGGGAGAACUUGCACAAUUGGUGGCUGACUAAAUACUUCUUUCCCCCACUGUACACACACUUGUUCUGAAAGGCCCCAGAGUUUGCAACACCAAUAAGCAAAGGGCACCACCAAGCAAGCGGCACCAUGAAGACCAAGGAGCUCUCCAAACAGGUCAGGGACUAAGUUGUGGAGAAUUACAGAUCAGGGUUGGGUUAUAAAAAAAUACCUGAAACUUUGAACAUCCCACGGACCACCAUUAAAUCCAUUAUUAAAAAAUGGAAAGAAUAUGGCACCACAACAAACCUGCCAAGAGAGGGCCGCCCACAAAAACUCACGGACCAGGCAAGGAGGGCAUUAAUCAGAGAGGGAACAAAGAGACCAAAAAUCACCCUUAAGGAGCUGCAAAGCUCCACAGCGGAGAUUGGAGUAUCUGUCCAUAGAACCACUUUAAGCCGUACACUCCACAGAGCUGGGCUUUAAGAAAGAGUGGCCAGAAAAAAGCCAUUGCUUAAAGAAAAAAAUAAGCAAACACAUUUGGUGUUUGCCAAAAGGUAUGUGGGAAGACUCCCCAAACAUAUGGAAGAAGGUACUCUAGUCAGAUGAGACUAACAUUUUGCUUUUUGGCCAUCAAGGAAAAUACUAUGUCUGGCGCAAAUCCAACACCUCUCAUCACCCAGAGAACACCAUCCCCACAGUGAAGCAUGGUGGUGGCAGCAUCAUGCUGUGGGGACGUUUUUCAUUGGGACUGGGAAACUGGUCAGAAUUGAAGGAAUGAUGGAUGGCGCUAAAUACAGGGAAAUUCUUGAGGGAAACCUUUCAGUCUUCCAGAGAUUUGAGACUGGGACGGAGGUUCACCUUCCAGCAGGACAAUGACCCUAAGCAUACUGCUAAAGCAAGACUUGAGUGGUUUAAGGGGAAACAUUUAAAUGUCUUGGAAUGGCCUAGACAAAGCCCAGACCUCAAUCCAAUUGAGAAUCUGUGGUAUGACUUAAAGAUUGCUGUACACCAGCGGAGCCCAUUCAACUUGAAGGAGCUGGAGCAAUUUUGCCUUGAAGAAUGGGCAAAAAUCCCAGUGGCUAGAUAUGCCAAGCUUAUAGAGACAUACCCCAAGAGACUUGCAGCUGUAAUUUCUGCAAAAGGUAGCUCUACAAAGUAUUGACUUUGGGGGGGGGGGUGAAUAGUUAUGCACGCUCAAGUUCUGUUUUUUUCUCUUAUUUCUUGUUUGUUUCACAACAAAAAAUAUUUUGCAUCUUCAAAGUGGUAGGCAUGUUGUGUAAAUCAAAUGAUACAAACUCCCCCAAAAAAUCUAUUUUAAUUCCAGGUUGUAAGGCAACAAAAUAGGAAAAAUGCCAAGGGGGGUGAAUACUUUCGCAAGCCACUGUAAGCUGAAACUUUUUUAAUUAUACACAAAUUAACUAAAUGAGUGGCUACAAACUGAGAUCAACCUGGUCUUGAAACAAACUAUAGCCCAGGCCAAUGAAGCGACACACAGAAAACACCAGUCUCAACGUCAACAGUGAAGAGGGGACUCUGGGAUGCUGACCUUCUAGGCAGAGUUGCAAAGAAAAAGCCAUAUCUCAGACUGGCCAAUAAAAAUAAAAGAUUAAGAUGGGCAGUCUGAGAUAUGGCUUUUUCUUUGCAACUCUGCCUAGAAGGUCAGCAUCCCGGAGUCGCCUCUUCACUGUUGACGUUGAGACUGGUGUUUUGCGGGUACUAUUUAAUGAAGCUGCCAGUUGAGGACCUGUGAGGCACCUGUUUCUCAAACUAGACACUGUCCUCUUGCUCAGUUGUGCACCGGGGCCUCCCACUCCUCUUUCUAUUCUGGUUAGAGCCCGUUUGCGCUGUUCUGUGAAGGAGUAGUACACAGCAAUGUACGAGAUCUUCAGUUUCUUGGCAAUUUCUCGCAUGGAAUAGCCUUCAUUUCUCAGAACAAGAAUAGACUGAUGAGUUUCAGAAGAAAGUUCUUUGCUUCUGGCCAUUUUGCGCCUGUAAUCGAACCCACAAUUGCUGAUGCUCCAGAUACUCAACUAGUCUCAAGAAGGCCAGUUUUAUUACUUCUUUAAAUCAGAACAACAGUUUUCAGCUGUGCUAAAAUAAUUGCAAAAGGGUUUUCUAAUGAUCAAUUAGCCUUUUAAAAUGAUAAACUUGGAUUAGCAAACACAACGUGCCAUUGGAAAACAGGCAUGAUGGUUGCUGAUAAUGGGCCUCUGUACGCCUAUGUAGAUAUUCCAUAAAAAAAUAAGCGGUUUCCAGCUACAAUAGCCAUUUACAACAUUAACAAUGUCUACACUGUAUUUCUGAUCAAUUUGAUGUUAUUUUAUAUGGACAAAAAAUGCUUUUCUUUCGAAAACAAGGACAUUUGUAAGUGACCCCAAACUUUUGAAAGGUAGUGUAUAUAUAUUUUAUACACACAUAUAUAUAUAUAUAUAUAUAUUAUACAUAUGAACAGUUUACACAACAGCUCCCAGGUGACUUUUAUACAGGUAACGAGCUGAGAUUAGGAGCACACUCUUAAAGGGAGUGCACCUAAUCUCAGCUUGUUACCUGUAUAAAAGACACCUGUCCACAGAAGCAAUCAAUCAAUCAGAUUCCAAACUCUCCACCAUGGCCAAGACCAACGAGCUCUCCAAGGAUGUCAGGGACAAGAUUGCAGACCUACACAAGGCUGGAAUGGGCUACAAGACCAUCGCCAAGCAGCUUGGUGAGAAGGUGACAACAGUUUGUGCGAUUAUUCGCAAAUGGAAGAAACACAAAAUAACUGUCAAUCUCCCUCAGCCUGGGUCUCCAUGCAAGAUCUCACCUUGUGGAGUUGCAAUGAUCAUGAGAACGGUGAGGAAUCAGCCCAGAACUACACGGGAGGAUCUUGUCAAUGAUCUCAAGGCAGCUGGGACCAUAGUCACCAAGAAAACAAUUGGUAACACACUACGCCGUGAAGAACUGAAAUCCUGCAGCGCCCGCAAGGUCCCCCUGCUCAAGAAAGCACAUAUACAGGCCCGUCUGAAGUUUGCUAAUGAACAUCUGAAUGAUUCAGAGGAGAACUGGGUGAAAGUGUUGUGGUCAGAUGACACCAAAAUCAAGCUCUUUGGCAUCAACUCAACUCGCCGUGUUUGGAGGAGGAGGAAUGCUGCCUAUGACCCCAAGAACACCAUCCCCACUGUCAAACAUGGAGGUGGAAACAUUAUGCUUUGGGGGUGUUUUUCUGCUAAGAGGACAGGACAACUUCACCGCAUCAAAGGGACGAUGGACGGGGCCAUGUACCGUCAAAUCUUGGGUGAGAACCUCCUUCCCUCAGCCAGGGCAUUGAAAAUGGGUCGUGGAUGGGUAUUCCAGCAUGACAAUGACCCAAAACACACGGCAAAGGCAACAAAGGAGUGGCUCAAGAAGAAGCACAUUAAGGUCCUGGAGUGGCCUAGCCAGUCUCCAGACCUUAAUCCCAUAGAUAAUCUGUGGAGGGAGCUGAAGGUUCGAGUUGCCAAACGUCAGCCUCGAAACCUUAAUGACUUGGAGAAGAUCUGCAUAGAGGAGUGGGACAAAAUCCCUCCUGAGAUGUGUGUAAACCUGGUGGCCAACUUCAAGAAAUGUCUGACCUCUGUGAUUGCCAACAAGGGUUUUGCCACCAAGUACUAAGUCAUGUUUUGCAGAGGGUUCAAAUACUUAUUUCCCUCAUUAAAAUGCAAAUCACUUUAACAUUUUUGACAUGUGUUUUUCUGGAUUUUUUUGUAGUUAUUCUGUCUCUCACUGUUCAAAUAAACCUACCAUAAAAAUUAUAGACUGAUCAUGUUUUUGUCAGUGGGCAAACGUAUAAAAUCAGCAGGUGAUCAAAUACUUAAUUCCCUCACUGUACAUACAUAUAUAUAUAUAUAUAUAUAUAUAUAUACACACACACACACACACACACACACACACACACACACACACACACACACACACACACACACAGUAUCAGUCAAAAGUUUGGACACACUUACUCAUUCAAGGGUUUUUAUUUUUAAAUGUUUUUACAUUGUAGAAUAUUAAUGAAAACAUCAAAACUAUGAAUUAACACAUAUGGAAUCAUGUAGUAACCAAAAAAGUAAACCACAUGCACUAGAAGACUCAAGGCUGUAAUUGCUGCCAAAUGUGCUUCUACAAAGUGCUGAGUUAAGGGUCUGAAUACUUAUGUAAAUGUGAUAUUUAAGUUUUGUAUUUUAAAAAAAUUAGCAAAUAUUUCUAAAAGCCUGUUUUUGCUUUGUCAUUAUGGGGUAUUGUGUGUAGAUUGAUGAGGGGGGAAAAACAAUUUAAUCAAUUUUAGAAUAAGGCUGUAACCUAACAAAAUGUGGAAAAAGUCAAGGGGUCUGAAUACUUUCCGAAGGCACUGUAUAAUACAUACAAGGGGCUUCAGCCCCGGUAAGCCCCUGCAUUACUCCGGAGCUGCUUGAGAGAAUGCUAAUGCACAGUUAGACACAUCAGUAGAGGUGCAAUCUAAUUAACUCGUUUCCCCCUGUGGACCUGAUUCAGCCGACACUUGUGAGGGUGCAUUGGAAGGGUUUGUCAUUGAUCCUUGUGGCUCCCCGUUGGCCCAAAUGACCUUGAUUCGUGGAUAUCAUUCGCCUUUUAGGCAGGGACCAUGGCAACUCCAGUUGCACAGGGACCCGGGGCAGGUCUAGCACCCACAGCCAGAGAUUUGGAAUCUGUGGGCUUGGCCCCUGAAAUAUCUAAUCUGAUGGCAAGGGGUUUACCUCUGAACGUUACUGCUACUUUACAGUCUGCAAGGGCACGCUCCAAGGGGUCUGAAUACUUUCCGAAGGCACUGUAUAAUACAUACAAGGGGCUUCAGCCCCGGUAAGCACCUGCAUUACUCCAGAGCUGCUUGAGAGAAUGCUAAUGCACAGUUAGACACAUCAGUAGAGGUGCAGUUUCAGCAGCAUAAAAGCUGAUAUAAUUUCAACCACAUAAAAGAUGCAUCAAAGCCAAACUGAUAUCUUAUCAGAAACAUGUUGGGUCAUUUUCACAGCUUUCUAGUUCCUUACAACCAGUCAAACUGAUGUCAUUUGGAAAUUUUGCACAGAAAAAAUCGCCAUUUUUUGGGGGUUAUUGCAUUUUCUUCCCGGUCUCUAAACGUCUUUGCUCCAUUAAAGACGCAGAGAUAACAGAGCAAACUUUACCAAUGUCAACUAGAUUAAAGCAUUCAUGUUUGACAUUCUGGUGAGCAAGAGUUGAUUUAGUCUUCUAGGACAACAUAUGACAGAAGAGAAGAAGCAUGUAUCUAAUUAUAGACAAGUUGACUAACAAAUAGCCUACCAACAUUUCUGAAUUAUAAGCAGAAACAUAUCUAAAAAUAAAUAAAUAAAUCCUGCACCCCCUGUCAAAGAAUCUUUGUGCAGUCUCUGACUGUAGCAUUUUCUAUAUUAGCUGCGUACUUGAAUAAUAGUGAGAGAGAGACAGCAAAUCACAAUCUAUGGAUUUGUCCUUUCAGAGUGCCCACAUGUUUGAUUAGAUUAGACUGCUAAAAAUGUCUGGAGGGAGAGAGGAGGGGAGAUGAGUGGAGGGAGGAAAGCAUGCUAGACAUUCUCUCAACAGGAACGUCUGAAUCCAAAAUAGGUGUAGCUUGGAGAAAUGGAGUGCCAUUGUUCCUCGUUAGUGACAGGGGUCCUAGGCUUCACCCCAAUGGUAACCUGGAUAAAAUACAGCACAGAGCUGCUGAAUGGCAAACUAUACGUUUUCUUAGUCUGAGAAGUACAGUGGGGGAAAAAAAGUAUUUAGUCAGCCACCAAUUGUGCAAGUUCUCCCACUUAAAAAGAUGAGAGAGGCCUGUAAUUUUCAUCAUAGGUACACGUCAACUAUGACAGACAAAAUGAGAUUUUUUUUUCCAGAAAAUCACAUUGUAGGAUUUUUAAUGAAUUUAUUUGCUAAUUAUGGUGGAAAAUAAGUAUUUGGGCACCUACAAACAAGCAAGAUUUCUGGCUCUCACAGACCUGUAACUUCUUCUUUAAGAGGCUCCUCUGUCCUCCACUUGUUACCUGUAUUAAUGGCACCUGUUUGAACUUGUUAUCAGUAUUAAAGACACCUGUCCACAACCUCAAACAGUCACACUCCAAACUCCACUAUGGCCAAGACCAAAGAGCUGUCAAAGGACACCAGAAACAAAAUUGUAGACCUGCACCAGGCUGGGAAGACUGAAUCUGCAAUCGGUAAGCAGCUUGGUUUGAAGAAAUCAACUGUGGGAGCAAUUAUUAGGAAAUGGAAGAUUUACAAGACCACUGAUAAUCUCCCUCGAUCUGGGGCUCCACGCAAGAUCUCACCCCGUGUGGUCAAAAUGAUCACAAGAACGGUGAGCAAAAAUCCCAGAACCACACAGGGGGACCUAGUGAAUGACCUGCAGAGAGCUGGGACCAAAGUAACAAAGCCUACCAUCAGUAACACACUACGCCGCCAGGGACUCAAAUCCUGCAGUGCCAGACGUGUCCCCCUGCUAAAGCCAGUACAUGUCCAGGCCCGUCUGAAGUUUGCUAGAGUGCAUUUGGAUGAUCCAGAAGAGGAUUGGGAGAAUGUCAUAUGGUCAGAUGAAACCAAAAUAUAACUUUUUGGUAAAAACUAAACUCGUCGUGUUUAGAGGACAAAGAAUGCUGAGUUGCAUCCAAAGAACACCAUACCUACUGUGAAGCAUGGGGGUGGAAACAUCAUGCUUUGGGGCUGUUUUUCUGCAAAGGGACCAGGACGACUGAUCCGUGUAAAGGAAAGAAUGAAUGGGGCCAUGUAUCGUGAGAUUUUGAGUGAAAACCUCCUUCCAUCAGCAAGGGCAUUGAAGAUGAAACGUGGCUGGGUCUUUCAGCAUGACAAUGAUCCCAAACACACCGCCCGGGCAACGAAGGAGUGGCUUCGUAAGAAGCAUUUCAAGGUCCUGGAGUGGCCUAGCCAGUCUCCAGAUCUCAACCCCAUAGAAAAUCUUUGGAGGGAGUUGAAAGUCCGUGUUGCCCAGCGACAGCCCCAAAACAUCACUGCUCUAGAGGAGAUCUGCAUGGAGGAAUGGGCCAAAAUACCAGCAACAGUGUGUGAAAACCUUGUGAAGACUUACAGAAAACGUUUGACCUGUGUCAUUGCCAACAAAGGGUAUAUAACAAAGUAUUGAGAAACUUUUGUUAUUGACCAAAUACUUAUUUUCCACCAUAAUUUGCAAAUAAAGUCAUUAAAAAUCCUACAAUGUGAUUUUCUGGGAAAAAAAAUCUAAUUUUGUCUGUCAUAGUUGACGUGUACCUAUGAUGAAAAUUACAGGCCUCUCAUCUUUUUAAGUGGGAGAACUUGCACAAUUGGUGGCUGACUAAAUACUUUUUUCCCCCACUGUAGAUAUUCCAUUAAAAAUCAGCCAUUUCCAGCUACAAUAGCCAUUUACAGUGGCUUGCAAAAAUGUGACAGAUCAUGUAACACUUAGAUUGCACACAGGUGGACUUUUUAAAAACUAAUUAUGUGACUUCUGAAGGUAAUUGGUUGCACCAGAUCGUAAGUAAUUUUUUUUAUUUCACUUCACCAAUUUGGACUAUUUUGUGUAUGUCCAUUACAUGAAAUACAAAUCCAUUUAAAUUACAGGUUGUAAUGCAACAAAAUAGGAAAAACGCCAAGGGGGAUGAAUACUUUUGCAAGGCACUGUAUGGCUUGUAUCAUGUAACUGAUGUAGAAUUGAAUGAAAUGUGUUUUUAAAAAAUCCCCCCUAAAUCUGAUCCUGCUAACAAAUGUUCACUAUGUGUGGAAAUCCUAAAAACACCUCUGAUUAAGUGUAGCCUAUGCCAUAUCGCAAAAUGUAUUAUGGCUUCAUUAUAAAGGGGCUUUUUCUUCAGCAGUAAAUUUACCACGCAUCUUGGUGCACGGAUUUGUUUACAGAAAAUGAUUGUGUGCCGGGAAGUGGGGUUAGGUAAUUCCCGCCUUUUGCUGUCAUAUGCCAGAGCCGGAUUAGCAAAACAGACAACCGGUUGGUCACCCCGGUCCGCUCAAUGUACAUGCACAAUGCUCGUACCGGACACAGGGCAUGUAACCGCUGCUCCUCAGAAACAAACAGACUUGUAGGUGAGGAUCUUCAGAUUCAGACUCCAUGCAUAAUGCUCGUACCAAACACAGGGCAUGUAACCUCCUACUGCUCCUCAGAAACAAUAGAUUUAGAAACCGGCCUGAGAUGGCACACACCUUUUUAAAAACCGCACCGCCAGGCGAUGAGCCCUUGGAGUGGCACUUUCAAUUCCCACAUCACACGCUGAAAUAGCUAUUUUAUACACCUUCAAGGUGGACAAUGAAUGUCCCUGCUCGGAAAAGCCCCUUUUAGGAACAUUAAAAUGUCCACCAGAAAGCUCUGAAAAUUCCUUUAUUUUGACACCAAAGCUUGAACACCCGCCACUUAUAACCAUACAACCCUCUCAUGGAGCGUGCCCUUGCAGACUGUAAAGUAGCAGUAACGUUCAGAGGUAAACCCCUUGCCAUCAGAUUAGAUAUUUCAGGGGCCAAGCCCACAGAUUCCAAAUCUCUGGCUGUGGGUGCUAGACCUGCCCCGGGUCCCUGUGCAACUGGAGUUGCCAUGGUCCCUGCCUAAAAGGCGAAUGAUAUCCACGAAUCAAGGUCUUUUGGGCCAACGGGGAGCCACAAGGAUCAACGACAAACCCUUCCAAUGCACCCUCACAAGCGUCGGCGGAAUCAGGUCCACAGGGGGAAACGAGUAAAGGAGGGUGCAAGGCCACUGGUGAGUGAAAGCAUCCAGUUCCUUUAAAAAGUAGACAAUGCGUGCUUUCUCGCGAUGUGUAAAGAUGCGUAGGCCCUGAAGAACAUUUACCAUAUCUGGGAAACACUCCUGAGAGCGGGACCCCCCCUGGAUAGCAGAUCUGCACCCGUGUUGAGACCGCACCCCUCCCUGUCUGUUGAUGUACACCCCCACUGUCCCGUUGUCGGUCCUCGCCCGCACAUGCUGGCCUGUCAACAACGGGAGAAAACACCUGAGCGCUAUGUACACCGCCAACAGCUCCAGGUAAUUGAUGUUCAGCGCGCUCUGCAACACUGUCCACAACCUUCGCACAGCGCACUCCACCGAGCCAGAGGCCGUAGGCAUGACGGGGACACCCAGAGUUACCGGUUUAGGUGAUGCGAUGCGUCCAAGCAAGUGUCAAUCACCCUUCCGCUGGAAAGGUUGAAUCAGCAACAGCUCGAGGGGAACCACAACUAUCAUAGAAGCCAUCAUCCCCAAUAGGCGCAGGCACAUGUGACCCAGACGAAAUCGGGCCAAGCAAAGCCGGAAACCGACGUCCCUCUGCGGGGACAAGAACGCACGAUCCUUGACUGAGUCUAACUCAAGACCCAGAAACGGAAUAUGCUGAGAUGGAGUUAAAUAGCUCUUCCCUUGAUUCACUAUGAAACCCAGAGACUGAACAUGGGAAACCAGCAUGGAUGUGUGCAACACCACUUGCUCCAUCGACUCUGUUUCCACCAGCCAAUUGUCCAGGUAGUCCAAUAUCUUGAGCCCCAGACACUGCAUAGGUGCCAAAACCACUUCCACAACUUGCGUGGCGAGACAGAAAGCCCGAAAGUGAGGACCAGAAACCUGUAGGCUGCAGCCUCGAAACGGAAACUCAGGAACUUUCUGUGACGGGAAUAUAGUGCCACAUGAAAGUACAUGUCCUUCAGGUCGAUGGGGGUGAACCAAUCGCCCGGGCGCACUGACUAACAACCAGAUGUUCGUGAGCAUUCUGAAUUUGUAGACCCUGAGGUGCUUGUUUAGGGCAUGCAUGUCCAAAAUGGGACGCAAAGUCCUGCCCCUUUUGGGAACCAGGAAAUACUGGCUGUCCGUAGCAGGGAAGUGUGGCUGCCCCGAAGCCAAACCCUCCAUCUCUGUCUCAGAAAAAAAACUGAACUGGCCGGAGACACCAAGUUAUCAUCCAAAUGUGAGUCCUGUGUAACACCGAAGGAGACCGAGAUAUCAGCCAACUCUAUAUAUUGCCAUGCUGGGAGGAUAGCUCCAUGUGAUCCAACCACAAUCCCAGAUCCACCCCCAUAUCCUGCAACUCAGACUCCACCGAGGUACAGGCACCCAGCGGAGGAAAGUCAACUUCAGUCCCACCAAGCCUUCUAAGGAAGGUUACACGCCUCGAGAACUUGUGCGCAGUUGGUGACAGUAGUCACACAAGCUGGUUCGAUCCAGGGCAGCAUGAGCAUGCACCCAACCGGGACAUACAAGACAACACUCGUGAGUAUCAUUCAAAGACAUGGUGAAACCGCAUGACUGUGGUCAAGGUCGUGAACUCGAACCCAGUUUAACAGCCUUUGUCGACUCGUUCAUGGUAGUCAUCUUACUUACAACCAGUUAGCGAGGCUAAACAGGCAGAAUAAUAAAUAACAAAUUGGUAGGGAACUUCACGAAACUAGUUACCAAACACACAAUGUCCAGAAGGAUGAGCAUGCCCUCCUUAAGUGGGAGAGUUAAGUUGGAUUAAAGCCUAAUACAUUUUGCGUUCCAAUGUUGUUGUUUUUUUGAGUGAAUGGUUCUGCACAGCUCGAGUUGAAGAGCAGAUGAAUUGAAGGAAUGAGAGUUUAUCUCCUGUUGAAGGCGGGGCUUCCGGUGAGACACAGUGUUCAUUGGCCUUGUCAGACGUGAUUCUAAUGUUCAGUAGAGGGCGCUAGCUCGCAAACUCCCCAUAGCUGUGUUGUACCGAGUUGACAGAGUGAAAGGGAACUGACUGGGCUCACACAUUGGGGAUGGUGAUAUAGAGCCCAUGACAUUUGGAUUGUAUGAGCUGGAUAUGUAAUAAUCAGAGGGGCAGACGCUCUAAGCCUGUGCUAAAGCUACGUGGUAUAACCGUAUGCUCUCAAUAAUGCACACCUGCUACUGCCAGCACAGUCUUGUUUGCUCUCUCGCUCCCGCCCUUCGGUAAUUAUUUACUUUGACUACAUAUCCAUAACGCAUUUAUUACAUAUACAUACAGUGGGGGAAAAAAGUAUUUAGUCAGCCACCAAUUGUGCAAGUGCUCCCACUUAAAAAGAUGAGAGAGGCCUGUAAUUUUCAUCAUAGGUACACGUCAACUAUGACAGACAAAUUGAGAAUUUUUUUUUCCAGAAAAUCACAUUGGAGGAUCUUUAAUGAAUUUAUUUGCAAAUGAUGGUGGAAAAUAAGUAUUUGGUCACCUACAAACAAGCAAGAUUUCUGGCUCUCACAGACCUGUAACUUCUUCUUUAAGAGGCUCCUCUGUCCUCCACUCGUUACCUGUAUUAAUGGCACCUGUUUGAACUUGUUAUCAGUAUAAAAGACACCUGUCCACAACCUCAAACAGUCACACUCCAAACUCCACUAUGGCCAUGACCAAAGAGCUGUCAAAGGACACCAGAAACAAAAUUGUAGACCUGCACCAGGCUGGGAAGACUGAAUCUGCAAUAGGUAAGCAGCUUGGUUUGAAGAAAUCAACUGUGGGAGCAAUUAUUAGGAAAUGGAAGACAUACAAGACCACUGAUAAUCUCCCUUGAUCUGGGGCUCCACGCAAGAUCUCACCCCGUAAAAACUCAACUCGUCGUGUUUGGAGGACAAAGAAUGCUGAGUUGCAUCCAAAGAACACCAUACCUACUGUGAAGCAUGGGGGUGGAAACAUCAUGAUUUGGGGCUGUUUUUUCUGCAAAGGGACCAGGACGACUGAUCUGUGUAAAGGAAAGAAUGAAUGGGGCCAUGUAUCGUGAGAUUUUGAGUGAAAACCUCCUUCCAUCAGCAAGGGCAUUGAAGAUGAAACGUGGCUGGGUCUUUCAGCAUGACAAUGAUCCCAAACACACCGCCCGGGCAACGAAGGAGUGGCUUCGUAAGAAGCAUUUCAAGGUCCUGGAGUGGCCUAGCCAGUCUCCAGAUCUCAACCCCAUAGAAAAUCUUUGGAGGGAGUUGAAAGUCCGUGUUGCCCAGCAACAGCCCCAAAACAUCACUGCUCUAGAGGAGAUCUGCAUGGAGGAAUGGGCCAAAAUACCAGCAACAGUGUGUGAAAACCUUGUGAAGACUUACAGAAAACGUUUGACCUGUGUCAUUGACAACAAAGGGUAUAUAACAAAGUAUUGAGAAACUUUUGUUAUUCACCAAAUACUUAUUUUCUAACAUAAUUUGCAAAUAAAUUCAUUCAAAAUCCUACAAUGUGAUUUUCUGGAUAUUUUUUUCUCAUUUUGUCUGUCAUAGUUGACGUGUACCUAUGAUGAAAAUUACAGGCCUCUCUCAUCUUUUUAAGUGGGAGAACUUGCACAAUUGGUGGCUGACUAAAUACUUUUUUCCCCCACUGUAUACAUACCAACUAUAAGCAUUUCAUGAACAUGUUAUAACAGGUCCCAACUGCAUUAUUAAAGGUUAAUGAAAUAUAUCCAGAGCAUAUCUAUAGCACAUUCAUGUCAUGCUAUGCAAGAACUCAUAUUUAUCUUACUAUCUUAACUAGCCCCAUUUCCCCCAUGCACCAUUGACCUCAGUGAGAAGAAUAAAGUAAGUCACGGGCAUUUACUGGUCGGUGGGGGAAAUGGGGCACUAUAGUACAGGCUAUAUAUCAGCAUAGGUUUGGCCUUUUGGCAUAUUCACUAACACUGGUAUGACUGAAGCACACUUUUGAGAACAGCAAUAAUGAUGACACUACGCUGUCAUUGUAGUAAUGCAUCUAUUAAGAUACCUAAAUGAGCUCUUGCAUAGCAUGACAUAAAUGUGCUAUAGAUAGAUAUAUUUCAUUAACCUUUUAAUGAUGCAGUUGGGACCUGUUAUAACAUCGUCAUGAAAUUGUGUAAUGAAUGCGUUAUGGAUAUGUAGUCAAAGUAAAUCGUUACCCUCUCUCUCUCUCUCCCUCCCCCCCAUUUCUCUCUCAUUCUCAACCCUUCUUGUUUCUGAAUCUGAGGCCCCCUUGUUGUUGUGCAAAUUUUUUCAUGGACCUCAUUUUAAUAAUGUCUUUCAAGUGUCAGUUGAGAAGAGCUUUUUAUUUUAUGUUGAUUGCUUGUGCAACUUCAAUCUCACUUCCUGUUAGCAGUUGUUUGAGUUGAUUGUAUUGUUGUUUUUUGCCCUCAUGCUCUUGACCGUAUUUCAUGUGUGUGGUCCUUUGUCCUCACUGUGUUUUGUGUGUGUGGUCCUUGGUCGUGACUGUGUUUUGUGUGUGUGUGUGGUCCUUUGUCCUCACCAUGUUUUGUGUGUUUGGUCCUUGGUCGUGACCAUGCUUUGUGUAUGUGGUCCUUUGUCCAGGACUCCUGCCGUGUUUUCUGUUUGCCCUUUGGUCCCCGUUCCUGACUGUGUUUUCUGGCUCUUCCCAGGAGGCUUCGCUGUGCCAGGAACUACAUUCACAUCCAGCUGUUUGUCACCUUCAUGCUGAAGGCGAUGGCUGUGUUCAACAAGGACGCCAAGCUGUUCGCCAGCGAGGACACGGACCACUGCACCCUCUCCACCGUAAGUCAACCACUGCACCCGCUCCACCAUAAGUCAACCACUGCACCCUCUCCACUGUUCAGAACACAGAGCAUGCGUUGAGAGGGAAAUGGAAGAGGUCCAGUUUGCUAGCUUUUCAACACGUGAUGCUCUCUUUUAUUUCCCCCUCUUUGUCUGUCUUCGCACUACUCUCACCUCUCUCUUUCUCACUCUUCCCUCUUCCUUCCCACCAUGCACUUUCUCUGUGUCUCUGUCUCUUUCUUUCUUGCUCUCUCUCUCUCUCGAUCUAAUCUCUAUCAUAUAUGAAUAUAUCUCUGGCGUUCGCGCCUAGAUUAAUCUCUCUAUCUUGAUCUAAAUCUACUACUCUCUAUCUGCAUCUCUAUAUCUCUCUCUGAUAUCUUCUCUCUCCUCUCUCUCUCUCUCUCUCUCUCUCUCCUCUCUUAUCUCGCUCUGCUCUCUCUCUCUCUCUCUCUCUCUAUCUCUCGCUCUCUCUCUCUCUCUCUCUCUGCCUCUUCUCUCUCUCUCUCUCUCUCUCUCUCUCUGUUCUUCUCUAUCUGUCUCUCUCUCUCUCUUCUCUCUCUCUCUAUUCUCUCUCUCUCUCUCUCUCUCUCUCUCUCUCUCUCUCUCUCUCUCUCUCUCUCUCUCAUUGUCCCCCCCAGGCAGCUUGUAAGGCCUCGGUGGUGUUCUGUCACUACUGUGUCAUGGCUAACUUCUUCUGGCUCCUGGUGGAGGCCCUCUACCUCAACUCCCUGCUCCUCUCCUCCUUCCACCACAGCUGCCGCUGCCUCUGGGGCUUUGGCCUGUUGGGCUGGGGUGAGCACCUCAUACAUCAUCCUUGUCUGUGUCUGUAGUAAGUCCUUUGGUGCGUGGUACAGAGCCAUUUAUUUUUGCUCCUCUGGUUUGUGGUGUGUCACUAUUCAAAUCCUGUUUGAUAUUGAUUACACUCCACGUUUUAGAAUUAAUUCAAAUGGACACAAGGUCAAACAACUGUGCGCAAAACAUCGCCUGCUCAUUAUUUUUCAAUGGCACAAAUAACUCUCUCUAGAUAGAGAGGAGUAAACUUUAAUAAUGCAACAAAUUAAGUUAAACUUAGUGGCCCACUGCAAUUCCCACUGGUAUUUUGGAUUGGAUUAAGUUUGUAUAAUUAUUUUAUCUCUUAUGUGACUUUUAGGCUUUCAUGCCGUCUAGUUUUGCAUGCUUAUUAUAGUUAUUAGUACUAAUCCUUUUUUCGAUUUAGCUGAAGUGUCUCAUAUGAAUCAAGUGCAUAUGAAUCAAGAAAUUGUGACUUACAAAUUAAUUGUUUUGCCUCCAUAUACCACAAUCUGAUCAUGAUGCACAUUUUAUUUAUACUCCUGAGUGGCGCAGUGGUCUAAGGCACUGCAUCGCAGUGCUAACUGUGCCACUAGAGAUCCUGGUUCGAAUCCAGGCUCUGUCGCAGCCGGCCGCGACCGGGAGACUCAUGGGCGGUGCACAAUUGGCCCAGCGUCGUCCAGGGUAGGGGAGGGAAUGUCCGGCAGGGAUGUAGCUCAGUUGAUAGAGCAUGGCGUUUGCAACGCCAGGGUUGUGGGUUCGAUUCCCACGGGGGGCCAGUAUAAAAAAAAAAUGUAUUCACUAACUGUAAGUCGCUCUGGAUAAGAGCGUCUGCUAAAUGACUAAAAUGUCAAUGUUAUUUAGAUAUUAACAGCAGGUGUUAUUCCACUCAGUUAAGCAUUUAAUUAAACACAUUGCUUUUGGCAUUUCGAUUCUUGCUCCUUAGACAUUCAGGUGUGUGAGUAGGCUAUCAAGGAGUUCUGGUAAAACCUGUGCAGCUACUGCAAUUAGCACUUAGUUCUAAGUUCUUCAUAAUUACUCAGUAAGUGCGACAUCUUAGCAUAUAAUUGUUACAUCCUGCAGACUAUGCCAAAAUGUGCAUCUUAUUACAUAAUUGCUGUUUAAGUCUCUCAUGUUAAGCCGAGCAGCAUAAGGGUUUGAACUGACCGGUAUAACAAAUGUUCCUCCUUCUAUCUACACUCACUUUUCCUUUUCAAGUUUCUUUCUUGACUUUUUGCACUCAUUUUCAGGCGUACCCAUCAUCUUCAUAGUCAUAUGGAUUGGGUCCAGGGUGUAUUUUGAGGAUACUGAGUGAGUAUUACUCUGUAAUUUUACUCUCCCAGUACUCAAUGUAUGAUAACCCUUAUCGGGUAUUAUCCUUAAUUGAGGCCAUUUCCUUUCCUCUAGAAAAUGGUUUGUGAUUUGUAACUCGCUAUUCUCAAAAGGGUUGUACAGUGUUUACAUGUAAGUAUAUUAUGCACUGAGAAAGGCUCUUGUUGUUCUUACUCCCACCAGAGACUGAAAUUGCUGAAGGGCCUUUAUGUACUGUACUGUCUGUAUCUCUGUUAUAGAGUUUUGUCUGACCGAUCGUUACCCUCUCCUCCUACAGAUGCUGGGAUAUCAACGAGGACUCUCCCUAUUGGUGGAUCAUCAAAGGGCCAAUCGUGGUUUCUAUUGGGGUGACUAGGCCCUAUGGGGGUAUCAGCCAUACACAAUGUGUCAUUAUGUCUUAAAGGGACACACCGAUUAUCUGUCAUUUAUGUCACAGUGCACUUGUGGUUGUUACUGUAUGUGCCUACUUUUAAAUAAUGUUUUUUAAAAGGGAAGGGUUUUAAGCUUGUCUGAUAUGUCUCCGUUGAUUCUGGGAAGGGUACCAUCAGGGCUCUUAAUUGUUUGGUUGUGUUUAAUUCAUUCAGGUGUUUUAGUGUCAUAUAAAAAUUACAUCUAUUGUUGGGCUUGAACAACCAAUAGUCAACACAGCAGGUUGUCCUAUCCCAUUGUGGCCUUUGUCCUAUGCUGUACAGAUUGUGUCUUCACUGUUGCCAUCAUGUCAAUGCAACCCAGAAAUUGAGGAAUAUUGUUUGUUUAGUUUACUUUAUUGAAUCCUCUUGGGAAUAUUUUUAUUAUGUCUCCCUUAUUUUCUAGAUUUGUACUGGUGUUGUGUUACUGUAAAGCACUUUAUGACAACUGCUGAUUUAAAAAAAGGGCUUUAAAAAUGGAUUGAUUAAAUUAUUGAUUAAAAAACAGAGCUUUUUUAUUUGUGUUAAAUACUUUUUUAUCAACAGGUCAAUUUCAUCCUCUUCAUGAACAUAAUCAGAAUCCUGAUACAGAAACUGAACCCUCGCCUGAUCCAGUUCAACAACUCAGACCAGUACAGGUGAGGAGUCUUUUCAUUGGAUGAUAAAAAAAGAGGAACAAUGUAAUUGGACAAAAAGUUGGGUUUCCUAGGUCAGUGGAGAGAUGAUGUUAUUGAGCAGUUCUAAUAUGAAGUUAUCUGACUGGAAAAGACAGGGGGAGGCGAUGAUAGGAUACAAUCUAUAGAUGAUAUCUACUGUAGACUAUCUAUCAUAAUGUCUGUCUGCUACAUAUAAAUGGGAGAUCUGAGUGAAGCCAACUUUCCUAGUCUCCAUUUUUAGGACACAGACAAAGUCAUCAUAACCACUAUGAGUGACUGUUUAUUCUGAGUAGGGUUGCAAAGCCGGAAUCUUCAGUAAUUUUGGUCAUUAAGAAAACAUCUAUGUCAAUUUAUCGUAACUUUGGUAAUUUAUACUUGAAUAUCUUUUUUUUAAAUGAAUUCAUAAAUAGUAUCUAUUUUUUUUUAUAUCCGUGUCCAUGAGAUUUUAGUAGAUAAACCAUAUGGUUCAGGAGAAAAUAGCCUAAUUAAUGAAAAAAGCAUCUAAUCAACAAUGGCAUUAUUUUCAAUUACCUCUGCAACCCGUCCAACUAUUGACUUUUUUCACAACUGCCACCAGUUUGACGCCAAAACAUUGACAACAAACACAUAUUGACAUAGUAAAAUAAAUAAGUGUGUAAAUAAAAAUAUAAAGGAUAUUUCAUACUGAAACCCUCAUACUAAACACUAAUGGUAUUCGAUACGUUGAUGGUUUAUAUUUAGGGUAUAUGUUUUACAGCUUUGGCAUUCCAUUUUUUAUUUUAAAAGCAUCUUCAUCUGUAUUCUACAUUUGAUUAAGGCCACACAGAGGGCCAGAGAUAAUUACAGACACCUGUGAUAAUCUGAAGUACCCAAAAGGGCCACUAGAUGUCUUGUGAUAGAUUACAUAAAAUCCUUCAAAGAUACAAACAUUCUAACUGCACUGUCCAAUUUACAGUAGCUAUUACAGUGAAAAAAUACCAUGCUAUUGUUUGAGGAGAGUGCACAACAACAAAAAACGUAUCACGGCAACUGGUUUGAUACGUUCACCUCUGAAGGUAAAUAAUGUACUUACAUUCAGUAAUCUUGCUCUGAUUUGUCAUCCUAAGGGUCCCAGAGAUAAAAUGUAGCAUAGUUUUAUUUGAUAAAAUCAAUUUUUAUUUUCAAAUGUAGGAACUGGGUUCUACAGUUUGAACCCCUGCUGUCUCUGGCUCCACACCCACCCUGCCCGUCCAUCUAGAUGUGUGAAAGUUAGUGUAUAUAAGCUAAUGAUCCAUCAUGUAUGACAUUCCCGUGAAUGUGUGUAAACUUACAUUUUGUAUUACCAUAUCAUUUUUGUAUGUUCUCUAUAGCUAUGUACUAGAAAAUGUAUCAAUUAACCAAUUCGGCACAUUUUGGCAGACUUGAUACAAAAUCAAUCUGAAACUUUGCACACACACUGCUGCCAUCUAGUGGCCAAAAUCUGUUGUGCCUAAAAUGCAAUAUUAUAUUGUGGCCUUUCUCUUGCAUUUUAAAGAUGAUGGAACCCAAAAAAUAAUAGAAAAGGCAUGUUUUUUUUGUUUGUACUAUCUUUUACCAGAUCUAAUGUGUUAUAUUCUCCUACAUUAAUUUCACAUUUCCACAAACUUCAAAGUGUUUCCUUUCAAAUGGUGUCAGGAAUAUGCAUAUCCUUUCUUCAGGUCCUGAGCUACAGGUAGUUAGAUUUGGGUAUGUCAUUUUAGGUGAACAUUUAAAAAAAGGGUCCGAUCCUUAAGAGGCUAAUGAGCUACAUUAAUAGGUUUUUCAAUACAGGUAUUGAACUUAGAACUGGAGUUACAGUUUAUUUCAGUUCCUACAGUUAAUUUAAAUGAAUUUUAGUUAUUUUCAUUUCCUACAGUUAAUUUCGGUUCCUAUAGUUCAUUUGUCUGCUGAUGGUCUACAUUCUGUAAUCAUAGGGCUGCAUUCCAUUUCUGUAAAACUCACUCCCUUCCCACUCACAUCGCACCACCUUGAUAACACUCCCUCGCAGAUCUGAAAGGACUGGUUUAAUAGGUGAAAACAAUUUCGGAAAGUCUACCUAUCACUUAUACCUAUCCAGUCCUUUUGUAUCCAGGUAGGAGAGUCGUCAAGGUCUGAGGGAAGGGAGCAUGUUUUCAUGUGUGUGAGGUCUGAUUCACCCACCACUGAGUCACUGCAGUCUGUCUGACAACGGACCACCUACACCACUUCACCCCUCGAAAGGCUUAGCAGAUGAACACCUUAUUAGAGGACAGUGCAGAGUAAUUGACUUGAGCCCCGAAAGCCCUCAUGCAUAUGUAGAUCCUAUUAUAUUCUUAGCCAAGGUCAGUCAAGUAGACUGGUAAAAAAAGAUUACUUGUACUUAUACCAUAAUAUAAUACCGGUAUGCUCCCACACGUAAAUGUAAAAUUGGCUUUGAAAUGCAUUCUUGUACAUAAUCACAUGCAUACUUAUAAACAUGUUAACAAGAACACCCCCAGAGCUUAUUACUCAAGCUUAUUCUCUCUUUUCCUCACUCCCUCUUUCCUCCACUCUGCCAGACGGCUGACUAAGUCCACUCUCCUCCUCAUCCCUCUCUUUGGGACCCACUACAUGGUGUUUAACUUCCUGCCUGACUACUUCAAUGUUAGCGUGCGCCUCUGCAUCGAGCUCUGCAUGGGGUCCUUUCAGGUAUUCUAAUCCUUUUACACACGCUCUCUCGCUUGGCCUGCACACACAAACAAAUACACACUCUCAGAUACUACACUCACUUUGAAUAUGUGUAAACACCAACGCAAGCAAGCAAGCACACACACACAGAGACACACACAGAGACACAGACACACACACAGGCAUGCAGUCUUAUGAAGUAGAUAUAUUGCCUUAUAAAUUGGGUACAAAUAUCAUAUCCCCGCAAAAAAUGCUAACCUCCCCUGCUAUUGUAAUGGUGAGAGGCUAGCAUGUCUUGGGGGUAUGAUAUUUGUGCCUCAGUAACUUUCUCACUCAUCAUUAUUCACGAUUCAUUCAGGAUUAUUCUGUAAUCAUGGUAGCAUCCACAUUCAUGUAGAUACUUAGAAACUAAUUAUAUUCUUAUUUACAAUAAACGUGACUCCAAAAUGACACUACAUUAGGCACAAAACUAUCUGAAAAACAACAAAAACAAACAGCAAAUGCAUCCAACAAAUUUGUAGAGUCACAUGUUUCAUGUAGUCAUUGCGUGCUAUGAAUAUGGAACCAAAUACUUAACUCUUUACUACUUUAAUACACAUAAGGGAAUUUGUCCCAAUACUUUUGGUCCCCUAAAAUGUACAAGAAGUACUGUAAUUUCUAAACGGUUCACCCGAUAUGGAUGAAAAUACCCUCAAAUUAAAGCAGACAGUCUGCACUUCAACCUCAUAGUCAUUGUAUCAUUUUAAAUCCAAAGUGCUGGAGUACAGAGUCAAAACAAAACAAAAAAGGUUUACUGUCCCAAUACUUUUGGAGCUCACUGUAUGUGGUAUUUAUACAGUAUGUCAUGAAUAUGUGUAUACAGUAUACCUCUAAUUUACGUAAAUUACGCCUGGCAUGGAUAGCACUUUUACAGCCAGUAAAACAGUUAUUGAAAAAUAGAGCAGUUACCUACAUUAAGCAGUUUAGAGAAAGCAAAAUGAAUGUGCUAUAUACAGUGCAUUUGGAAAGUAUUCAGACCCCUUGACUUAAUCCACAUUUUGUUAUGUUACAGACUUAUUCUAAAAUUUAUUAAAUUUCAACACACAAUAACCCAUAAUGACAAAGCGAAAACAGGUUUUUAGAUUUUACUUAUGUAAAUUCCUUAUUUACUUAAGUAUUCAGACCCUUUGCUAUGAGACUCGAAAUUGAGCUCAGGUGCAUCCUGUUUCCAUUGAUCAUCCUUGAGAUGUUUCUACAACUUGAUGGGAGUCCACCUGUGGUAAAUUCAAUUCAUUGGACAGGAUUUGGAAAGGCACACACCUGUCUAUAUAAUGUCCCACAGUUGACAGUGCAUGUCAGAGCAAAUACCAAGCCAUGAGGUCAAAGGAAUUGUCUGUAGAGCUCCGAGACAGAUCUGGGGAAGGGUACCAAAACAUGGCUGCAGCAUUGAAGGUCCCCAAGAACACAGUGGCCUCCAUCAUUCUUAAAUGGAAGAAGUUUAGACCCACCAAGACUCUUCCUAGAGCUGGCCGCCCAUUCGAACUGAGCAAUUGGGGCCUUGGUCAUGGAGGUGACCAAGAACCCAAUGGUCACUCUGACAGAGCUCCAGAGUUCCUCUGUGUAGAUGGGAAUACCUUCCAGAAGGACGUUUAUGGUAGAGUGGCCAGACGGAAGCCACUCCUCAGUAAAAGGCACAUGUGCCUGAAUGCUAAGCAUCACGUCUGGAGGAAACCUGGCACCAUCCCUACUGUGAAGCAUGGUGGUGGCAGCAUAAUGCUGUGGGGAUGUUUUUCAGCGGCAGGGACUGGGAGACUAGUCAGGAUCGAGGGAAAGAUGAACGGAGCAAUGUACAGAGAGAUCCUUGAUGCAAAACUGCUCCAGAGUGCUCAGGACCUCAGACUGGGGUGAAGGUUCACCUUCAAACAGGACAACGACCCUAAGCACACAGCCAUGACAGCGCAGGAGUGGCUUCGGGACAAGUCUCUGAAUGUCCUUGAGUGGCCCAGCCAGAGCCCGGACUUGAACCCGAUCAAACAUCUCUGGAGAGACCAGAAAAUAGCUGUGCAGCGACGCUCCCCAUCCAACCUGACAGAGCUUGAGAGGCUCUGCAGAGAAGAAUGGGAGAAACUCCCCAAAUACAGGUGUGCCAAGCUUGUAUCUUCAUACCCAAGAAGACUCAAGGCUGCCAAAGGUGCUUCAACAAAGUACUAAGUAAAGGGUCUGAAUACUUAUGUAAAUGUGAUAUUUCAGUUGUUUAUUUUGUAUACAUUUGCAAACAUUUCUAAAACCUGUUUUUGCCUUGUCAUUGUGGGAUAUUGUGUGUAGAUUGAUGAGGGAAAAAAACUAUUUAAUCCAUUUUAGAAUAAGGUUGUAACGUAACAAAAUUUGAAAAAAGUAAAGGGGUCUGAAUACUUUCCGAAUGCACUGUAUCAUAUACCUUUUAUGGCUUUAUUUACAAUUAUACUACCCACUGUUCUUCUCUUAACUGUUGAGAACAUCUGUGUGCUUAAUUGGUUUGAAUAUUGAUAGUUGAUUAUAUAACCUCUUGUAGGGGCUGAUUGUCGCAAUUCUCUACUGCUUUCUCAAUCAAGAGGUGAGUAGCCUAAUGUUCCACCUUUAAAGGCCCAAUGCAGCCGUUUUUUAUAUAAUUAUCAAACAAUUCCUGGGUAACGAUGAAGUACCUUACUGUAAUAGAUUUUCCAUUGCUUUUUAGAAUUUAGCUAGGAUUGUCUGGGAGUGGUCUGAGUGGGAAGGGGAGAACUGAAACUAGCUGUUAUUGGCAGAGAGGUUUGGAACUCUCUUUGUUAUUGGUUUAUUAACCAAUUUAUCUCAUGAUGUUGUCACCAUGAAAGCAGAAACUCCCACCCAUGCAAAUCUGCUGAUUUAGAAGGUCCUGUGUUGAUUGUAUUUUCAACCAGGAAAUAACACUGAUCAAAUGUUUUCACACUUUUACAGUGUUAGUUUCAUUAGCUGUUGUACAAUAUGUUAUAAAACACAGGAAAAAUCUGCUUUUGACUGCACUGGGCCUUUAAUACACACCAACCAUACUGCUCUGUAGAUGUUGCUUUGAUAUAAAGCAUUAGAAUAAUACAAUAUAAGCGAUUACGCAGAUGUUUUUCCAAAGCAACUUACGAUACAGUGAGUGCUUACAUUUCAGUUUAUGUGACCCCAUCAGGAAUGAAACCCACGACCCUUGUAUUACGACCCUUGUGCGUUGUCACACAGUGCCACAUGUUCAAAUCUGUUUCUCACCCUACAAACACACAAACAUUUCUCUCCACCACCAUAAAUGUGUCUUUCUUCAGCAGGUUGGUUCAGCAGGAGCAAAAUCUUUCGGGAAGCUUCAAAGUUGCAAAGGAAAUGGGGAGGGAGGGGGGUUUUGCCUGGCCAGUGUGCCCAGGUUAAUGAGGUCACAAAAAAGUAA